GUGAAGGGAUCAGAGAUUUUAAUGCAUGAUGCCACACCUUUUGCAUAUGCUUCACAGCCUACAGAAACGAUUAACUACGUCUCAGCUCAUGACAAUGAAACCUUCUUUGACAUUAUCAGUUUGAAGACACCGAUGAAAAUAUCAGUUGAUGAAAGGUGUCGAAUAAAUCAUUUGGCAUCAAGUAUGAUUGCCCUCUCGCAGGGUAUACCAUUCUUCCAUGCUGGGGACGAGAUUUUACACUCGAAGUCACUUGAUCGUGAUUCUUACAACUCAGGUGAUUGGUUCAAUAGGUUAGACUUCAGCUACAAGUCCAACAACUGGGGUGUUGGGCUUCCUCCAAAAGGGAAAAACAAAUACAGUUGGCCGCUGUAAGUACCGACUCAAUUGCAUUCAAUGUAUGGAUUACUUUGUAGAACCAUACAACCAGUGCAUGUUUCUGAAACCAGUCAGCUCCUGCUAUAUAUGUCUCCAGGAUUAAACCGAGGUUGCAAGACCCAUCCUUCAAACCUCAAAGCAGUCAUAUAGUUGCCACGCUCAACAGUUUCUUAGACUUGUUAUGCAUCAGAUACUCAUCGCCUCUCUUCCGUUUAGAUUCAGCAAAGGAAAUCCAGGUCAGGAUGACUACUGUUUUAUUAUUCUCUUGACUAUAUUAUCUGCUCUCUUACGGAAGUAUACGUUCACUAUCAACCUUUUGCAAUGCCAUGAAAUGUCACAAAGACCGAAAGUAACAGAUCUCAUAAAACUUGUGGAUCGAUGUGACUUUUUUUUUCAGGACCGAGUGUGAUUUCAUAAUACAUGCCCCUCGUCAGUCCCUGACACCAUCGUCAUGAGCAUUGAAGAUGGUCACAAAGGCAUCCCAAGUGUAUCUCAGAUUGAUCCAGUGUAAGUUAAAAACCAAUAACAUGAUCCACGUAUCUUUCAAAGCUUCGUAUAAUACAUUGUUUUGUAAAGGUACUUUAACUCUAACAACAGCAACUCAUUCGUUGUGGUUAUCUUCAAUGCUCGCCCGUCUGAGUUCUCAUUUCUCAGUCCUUCUCUGAAAAAUAGGAAUCUCGAAUUACAUCCGGUACAUGUAAAUUGCACAGUAAAUAAAUGUAUGACAAUAUCAUAAGCGUUCACCUUUUGGUUAAUUCAAAUGAAUAUUAGAAAUGUUAAAUGAUAAUUCAUUUUUACAGGUGAAGUCAGGAGAUGAAAUAGUAAAAAAAUCAGUGUAUGACUGAUAUACCAUGAUUUUCACCCGUUUUUAUACAUGGUAUAUAAAGGUUUUAAGAUGUAUUAAUCAUGUUUUAGAGUCUUUUCAAAGCAAAUACAGGUUUAUUCACCUGAUGGAAGGAAAUGAUACUUUUGGGACAUUUUG